AUGUACAACGUACAGAACAUGCAUAGGAUGGGAUCACACGCCAUAUAUUUCAUACACACGUAUGCAACAUGCAACAUGCCUUAUUUCAGCGCCUGCAUUUUUAAACUGAAAAAUAAACACAAGAAAACAACAACACUAACACUGAUAACGAACGUUUCAAGAGUAGCUUAUGUAGCAAGUGCAUCACACCAACAACAAAAUGUCAGUAUCAUCGUCAACAUCGGUGACGACAACUUCCUCUCAGUACCUCACUCCAGAUUUCUUUCCAUCCAACGCUGCAAACUUGGAGAUGCACGACUGAACUGCUUCGCAAACCAACACUCAAGAAACUGGCUUCAGAAACAUGUCUCGUCAACACAAAACUGUCGUUUCAGACAGACAGACAAAGCGGACAGUGUAAUCACAGUGAUAGAGCAAGUUGAUGAAAGAAGCAAGCAGCAUCAUUCUUUGGUGGUCGUCAGAGGUCCUGCUUCGAAUCAUUCCACAGAAGAAACAGCGCACAGAGGCAAAGGUGCCGAAAUAGCCCACUGCUGUCUUUUCAAACAAGCAUUUUAUCUGGGUCUUGUUUGCGUUCGAACCAUGCUUCCGUACUUCAAGUCAUUUGUCCUUCUUACUCUCAAAAGAGUCAUUCCUCCGGUACCGAUCUGA